CGUGUUUCCGGUCUGUGAGGAACUAACAACAAAUGGCUUGCAAUCUCUGUCGACUAAUUCUGAAAAGUGACUAUACAUUGUUUUAAUCAUGGAAACCACAGGCAGUUCCUAUCAAGUGGAAAACACAGACAUCUUCCUGCCGUUGUCAUCAUUAAGGCUGCUGAUACCUCCUCUGCGGCUGCUCUCUGCAGCCAUGUGGCAGGUGGCUCAGCGGAGAGAGGUCCUUGAUUAUGAAAAGCUUGAUGAGUUUGUGACGCUGGUGACGGCAAUAGUUCCAGACCUGCUCAGCCCAAAGCAGCGAGGCAAACUGCUUCUUCGACUGAGAGCGAAAAUUCUUCUUGAGUUGUGCAGAAAUGAGGAAACAGCCAACAUUCUGUGCCUACAGCCUCACCUUGAACGAAUCCGCCCCCCAGGACACACAGGAAGUGGAGAUGCAGAGGUGGAUGCAGAGGAGGCCAUUUUUGUGGAGCUCAUCCAAACACUACUGAAAGAUCCAGCAGAGAGGGAGCAUUUUUACCAGGAGGUUUUUCCAACAGAGUAUGGUCCCAGCUACGACACAGACAUGCAGCUCCUUGUGUGGGAGUUUCUGUCUAAACUGGAGAAACUCCUGCCGGUACCAGACCUCAGUCAGACGGUGUCAUGGCUGACCUCUGCCCCCUCUGUGCUCAAGGACUGCUUACAAGCACUUUCCACCCCUGACGACCUGAGGUCUCUCCUGCAGCACCAUAAAUGCCUUGAGCACCUUGGAGCACAAGGUACCACUGUGGAAAUGUCCACCCAGGUCUUCGCCUGCUCCGAGUGUCCGUUCUUCCACAUGCAGGAGUCCUACCUGCUGCAGCACAUUGAGCACAGCCACCCUGAGCAGUACAGCAAACUCCAGAAGUCUGCAGAGACAAGUGAAGUCCCCAAGAAGAAGGCCCAGCGUCCCACGUUUCCGAAGCCUUUCCCCAUCCACGACAGGCCCGACCCUCACAUGUGCCAGGAGUGCGGCAAAACUUUCACACGUGCCUCAGACUUGACUCGUCACAGACGGACACACACAGGUGAGCGCCCGUACACCUGCGAGGAAUGUAAGAAGGGUUUCAGGAACUCUUGGGAUCUGACCAGACAUCAGCGCAUUCACACUGGAGAACGACCCUUCCUCUGUUCUGAGUGUGGGAAACGGUUCACACAGAUGGGGUUGCUCAAGCUGCAUUUCGAACGGACCGCCUGCGGACAGACUUGCAACCCUCCCCUUGACCUAACGACAGAGGUCGUGGUAGCAGAGGAGACAUCAGAGAAAGGAGGCGGACAGUACAAAUGCCAAAAAUGCGGUGAGAGCUUCAGCAGCAUCCUGGAGCGGCUGAAGCACAGGCAGAGGCAUGUGGUGAGGCGACAGUACAAAUGCCCCCUAUGUGAGAAGAUAUACAGCCGAGCGUCUGAUCUCAAGAGGCACCAAAUGAAACACACCGGUGAGCGGCCAUUUGCCUGCGAGUGUGGGAAAAGCUUCACGCAUGUGUGGCUUCUGAAUAAGCACCAGCAGAUCCACACCAGGGAGCGUCCAUACCCCUGCACAGAGUGUGGGAAGAGCUUCACACAGCUCCAGAUCCUUAACAGGCACCUGCUGACUCACAACGGCCAGCGGCCUUUCCAGUGCUCCUACUGUGAGAAGAGCUUCACCCAGCUGGCCAGCCUUACACGCCAUGAAAGAACCCACACAGGUGAGAGGCCGUACGUUUGCACCACCUGCGAGAAGACGUUCCUCACACAUGGAGAGCUGGUGCGGCAUCAGCGCAGCCACAGUAACUUCAGGCCGUUCAGUUGUCCACAGUGUCCGAAGAGCUUUAAAACCAAGCGGGCUCAGAGUGAACACCUCAACACACACACGGGAGAGCGUCCGUUUGCAUGCUCCCGUUGUGGGAAGAGGUUCGCCAAGUCGACCUCGCUGGUCCGACAUAACCUGACUCACACGGGCGAACGGCCCCACCAGUGUUCCCAGUGCGGGAAGACCUUCCUCACCUCUGGCGAGCUCCUUCUCCACAAACGGAUUCACACAGGAGAGAGGCCUUAUCCCUGCACCUACUGCGAGAGGAGGUUCAGAUGCUCAUCUGACCUCAACAUGCACAUCCGAACACACACCGGCGAGAAGCCACACAGCUGUCUGUUCUGUAAGAAGAGUUUCUCCACGUCUACGAGGCUAAAGAGACACGUGCGCACACACAUGGAGAAGGGUAUUGUGGAAUCAUUUAGUCUUUGAGCUGUCAGGAGCUAAUGAUGCAGAAGAUACUGCGUUGUCAUUGAAAAUAAAAACUGUCUUUGAAUAGUUUAAUUUUUAUUUUUUAUUGUGAUGACGAUUUACUGCAAAAGAAACAAUUUUUGAAAAAGUAUGGAUGUUUUGUGAACACAAGUUUUUUGAUGGUUGUUGGCUGUUGAUGGACUCAAACAGAUGAAUCCAUCAGAUUACAUUAAUUAGCAGAUGCUUAUGCUCACAGUGACUCACAAUACGUGUAUUCAACCUUCUUAGGAAAAGAAGGUGUCAUCAAGAAUUAAAGGAGCAUUCCUCCUAAAUAAAGUAACAUAGGUCUGUGAGUUA